AUGAAUAUUGGAAUAAAAGACUUUGAUUUUCUCAAUGAAAGUUAUAAAAUGUCAAAAUGCCCUCAAUGUUCAACGUAUGUUGAACCCAUAACGUGUGCUUUUAACAACUGUGUUUGGCGAUGGGGAGGUUUACUACAGUCUAAACCUGGCAUUGAAUCGAAGGAAGUUUCAGGUGAUUGGAAAUAUGCUGAUAAUGCCUACUAUCGUUCUGAUGAAAAUGUUAAUGCAGCAGUCGUAUGGUUACGAUUAAUUCUUUAUGCAAAAGCCAAAUAA